UUGAACUCAAUGCUUUAAAAAACUCAGCUUUCUUCUUCCUAGCAUGUAAAAUGGCUAACAGUCCAAUCACUCCAAUGGAAAAUAUAGGUUUCGUUCUAAUAAGCUAUCUCCUUUUGAGUAUAGUCUUAUCUGCAAAUGCUCAAUUUGUCAAGAAGACUUACAUCAUUCAAAUGGAUAAGUCAGCAAAACCAGACACUUACUCCAAUCACCUUGAGUGGUAUUCAUCAAAAGUGAACUCAGUACUGUCCAAAUCGGUAGAAGCUGAGAUGGACAAGGAAGAAAGAAUCAUUUACAGUUACCAUACUGCUUUUCAUGGAGUUGCUGCCAAAUUGAGCCAAGAAGAAGCUCAGAAGCUAGAAGCAGAAGAAGGUGUUGUGGCCAUAUUCCCUGAUACAAGGUAUCAGCUACACACCACAAGAAGUCCAGCUUUUCUUGGCCUUGAACCAAUGCAUAGCACUAACAUCUGGUCAGAAAAGGUAACUGACCAUGAUGUUGUAGUGGGAGUGUUAGACACUGGGGUUUGGCCAGAGAGUGAGAGCUUCAACGACACAGGCAUGAGACCAGUACCUGCUCACUGGAAAGGUGCCUGUGAGACUGGGCGAGGCUUCGGUAAACAUCACUGCAAUAAGAAGAUUGUAGGGGCGAGAAUAUUCUACCGUGGAUAUGAAGCAGCAACAGGUAGAAUUGAUGAGAAAACUGAAUACAAAUCACCAAGAGAUCAAGAUGGUCAUGGCACUCACACAGCAGCUACAGUUGCUGGCUCUCCAGUACGUGGUGCUAAUCUUCUGGGCUAUGCUUAUGGCACAGCCAGAGGAAUGGCACCGGGAGCAAGAAUUGCAUCUUACAAAGUGUGCUGGACUGGUGGAUGCUUCAGCUCAGAUAUUCUGUCAGCAGUUGAUAGAGCUGUAGCUGAUGGAGUGAAUGUUCUAUCCAUCUCUUUGGGUGGUGGAGUCUCCUCUUACUACCAUGAUAGUUUAUCUGUAGCUGCAUUUGGAGCAAUGGAGAUGGGUGUUUUUGUUUCAUGCUCUGCAGGAAAUGCAGGACCUGACCCUGUCACCAUUACAAAUGUGUCACCUUGGAUCACCACAGUUGGAGCCAGCACAAUGGAUAGAGAUUUUCCAGCAGAUGUUAAGCUUGGAAAUGGAAAAAAGUUAACCGGUACCUCACUCUAUAAAGGGAGAAGCAUGCUCUCAGUUAAGAAGCAAUACCCUUUGGUAUACAUGGGUGGUAACUCAAGUAGUCCUGAUCCAAGAUCUUUGUGCUUGGAAGGGACUUUGGAUCGUCGAAUGGCUUCAGGAAAGAUUGUGAUUUGUGACAGAGGCAUUAGUCCUCGAGUGCAGAAGGGUCAGGUGGUGAAAAAUGCAGGAGGCAUUGGAAUGAUUCUUACAAACACUGCAGCUAAUGGAGAAGAGUUGGUUGCAGACUGUCACCUCAUUCCAGCUAUUGCAGUUGGAGAGAAAGAAGGCAAGGAACUCAAACACUAUGUCUUAACAAGGAAAAAAGCUACUGCAACUCUAGCUUUUCAGGAUACGAGGUUGGGAAUUAGACCAUCUCCUGUAGUAGCAGCAUUUUCAUCAAGAGGGCCUAAUCUUCUUACCCUUGAAAUUCUGAAGCCUGAUGUUGUGGCUCCUGGGGUGAACAUUCUUGCUGCUUGGAGUGGGAUUGUUGGUCCAUCAAGUUUACCAACAGAUCAUAGGAGGGUGAAGUUCAAUAUACUCUCUGGAACUUCAAUGUCAUGCCCUCAUGUUAGUGGUGUUGCUGCAUUGCUCAAGGCUAGGCAUCCAGAAUGGAGUCCAGCUGCAAUAAAAUCUGCCUUGAUGACAACAGCUUAUGUUCAUGACAACACCAUCAAGCCUCUCAGAGAUGCCUCAAGUGCUGAACCUUCAACUCCUUAUGAUCAUGGUGCUGGACACAUUAACCCCAGAAAAGCUCUUGACCCAGGUCUAGUCUAUGAUAUUAAGCCACAGGAUUACUUUGAUUUCCUUUGCACACAGAAGCUAACUCCUUCCCAACUAGGAGUGUUUGCCAAACAUUCAAAAAGAACUUGCAGGCACUCUCUUGCUAGUCCAGGGGACUUGAACUACCCAGCUGUAUCAGUACUGUUUCCAGAAAAAACAUCCAUUUCAACUUUGACCAUUCAUAGAACUGCCACUAAUGUUGGCCCUCCUGUUUCCAAAUACCAUGUUAUGGUUUCACCAUUUAAAGGAACUUCUGUCAAAGUUGAGCCAGACACCCUGAAUUUUACCAGGAAAUACCAGAAACUAUCUUACAAGAUUACCUUCACAGCAAAGUCUCGGCAAACAGAACCUGAAUUUGGGGGUUUGGUAUGGAAGGAUGGUGUGCACAAGGUAAGAAGCCCAAUUGUAAUAACAUAUCUGCCACCAAUAUGAACUUCACUGGGAAUACUUACAAGUUCAGCAGUAUUUCUUUUUUGCAAUAAGCAAGUUUUCUGUUCUAAGAAGUGCACGCAUUUUUGUUACGGGAAAUGCUUGACAUUGCC